AUGGAGCAGUUGAUUCCAGGUCUCCCAGACGACAUCGCCCUUGAAUGUCUGAUUCGUCUCCCAUACAACCACCUCUCCACCGCUUCAUUGGUCUGCCCUCCCUGGAAGCUCCAUCUUCGACACCCCGAUUUUCUCCGCCACCGCAAAGCUGCUGGUUUCACUACCAACAUCAUCGUAAUGGCCCAAUCCCCACCGCAAACCAACACCGGAAAGGCCAUUCCUCCGGCGGAUUCUUACGGGCUCACGCUUUAUGAACCAGAUUCUGGGAGUUGGUCCGAGUUGCCGCCGCUUCCCGGGAUGAACCGUGGGUUGCCCAUGCAUUGCGGGCUGGUCGGAGUAGGGUUGGAUCUGGUGGUGAUUGGCGGUUACGAUCCUGAGACAUGGGAGUCGUCCAAUGCGGUGUUUGUUUACAAUGUUGUUUCGGCCACGUGGAGGCGUGGCGCCGAUAUCCCAGGUGUACGACGAUCGUUCUUUGGCUGUUCUUCGGAUUCGGAUCGGAUGGUUCUGGUUGCAGGUGGGCACGAUGAUGACAAGAAUGCACUGAGGUCUGCGCUGGCAUAUGACGUGGCAGAAGACGACUGGCUCCCAGUACCUGACAUGUCAAUGGAGCGUGACGAGUGCAAAGUGGUGUUCCAGCGUGGAAAGUUCCACGUCAUCGGGGGAUACCAGACAGAGACACAGGGUCGAUUCCAGAGAAGCGCUGAAGCCUUUGAUGUUGCCAGCUGGCAGUGGGACCCUGUAAACGAGGAUCUUUUGGAGACGACCACGCAUCCAAGGACAUGCGUGGUUGGAGACGAUGGGAAGAUGUACAUGUGCCGAGGACGUGACUUGGUGGAGAAACAGGGCGCCACGUGGCAACCAAUAGCCAAGCUUCCAGCUGAGCUGUGCAGCGGAUUUUACUUGACAAUAUGGCGUGGCAAGUUGUUGCUAAGUGGUACACCCCAGAAAGCAUAUACAUUGGAUAUAGGAUCACGCACAUGGACAGAGCUGGUGGUGCCCGCAAAAUAUUGCGGCCUUGUUCAAUCUAGUUGUUGCUUAGAGAUAUAG